AUGGCAGGCGGCAAGGGCAAGACCGGCGGCAAGACAGGUGGUAAGGCAGGUGGCGGCGAAGCUGGAAAGAGUCAGAAGUCUCACUCUGCAAAGGCCGGACUCCAGUUCCCCUGCGGACGUGUCAAGCGUUUCCUCAAGUCGCAGACCCAGAACAAGAUGAGAGUCGGCGCCAAAGCUGCCGUCUACGUUACCGCCGUCCUCGAAUACCUCACUGCCGAAGUCCUCGAACUCGCUGGAAACGCUGCCAAGGAUCUCAAGGUGAAGCGUAUCACGCCCCGCCAUCUCCAGCUUGCCAUCCGCGGAGACGAAGAACUCGACACCCUCAUUCGCGCGACCAUCGCCUUUGGUGGUGUCCUGCCACACAUCAACCGUGCUCUGUUGCUCAAGGUCGAGCAGAAGAAGGGCAAGAAGGUGGAGUAA